AUGAAGGCCAGAAAGAGACGCAGCUGGUCGUGCUCCAUGAGCUUCCACAAAACCCACAAGGAACCUUCAGAGGAAGACGAGGACGAAGAAGAAGACGACGAAGAGGAAGAAGAAGAAGAGGACGAGGAAGAGGGAGAAGAGGACAAGGAAGAGGGAAAAGAGGGAGAAGAGGAAGGGAAAGAAGAUGGAGAGGACGAGGGGGAUGAGAUGCCGACAUGUUUCGGUGGAGACGAGGAAGUAGAAAAAGAAGAUGAAAGUGUAGGGGAGGCAGGGGUCGACGGAGCCGACAAAAGGGACGAGGCGGCAGACGUGCAAGUAGAGAACGCGAAGCCACGAAGCUGCAGAGUCGGAGAAGACGAGGCGAGCAGCUGA